CGCAUCGGGGAAGCAUGCGUCACCCAUGAGUGGUUUCACCGGCCAUGUAAUCGCCAUCCUCUUCGGAGAAGCGUUGUUGGUCGUCUUGGUGUUGCAUCGUGUGAGAGAGGGGCAGGCGGGGCAAAGGUGGGAGAAAAACAGUUUGCACUGCAUGGGGCAAGAGCUGUGAAGGGCGUGGGCAAACUGCCGCAAUCCAUGAAGCCAUGACGACACAUCGAAAUGAAGCUGCACACAACUUCGACUUCAGCCUCUUGUCAAGCCUAUCUACUCUUCUAACGCGGCAAUAUAGGUCUGCCGUCCCUGCAUAAUCUUGAACCGUCGCUGCACGCUAGCAAUUCAACCUUAGCUCGCUGGACUAAGCUCGAAGCUCCAGGACGUACACUACGACGGCCGACAACUCCUUUCCAGGGCUCUGGUUCACGACGUGCUGCACACGAUUUGCCACACCAUUCGACUGUUCAGGAUGACGAAUUCCACUAAGAGGGACUUGCAUGUGCUGAUCGUUGGUGCUGGCACGAGUGGACUGCUUGUAGCGCAGGGCCUGAAGAAGAAUGGCAUUGCGUUCACCAUCUUCGAAUCUGAGACAAGCACAACAUACCAGACACGGCCUCGAGAAUGGGGUAUGACCCUUCAUUGGGGCGCGUCCCAUAUCGCGUCUUGCCUUCCUGAGGACCUCGCUGCCCGCUUUCAUGAAGCCUACGCCGAUCCAUCUCUGACACCUGACGCUGUGACUGGUUUGCCCAUCCACAAUGGCAAGACGGGAGACCUCAUCUUGGAGAUGGGAGCCGAUCAGCCAGUGCGUGUUAGCCGGAAAAAGAUGCGUAACCUGUUCAGCGAAGGCAUCGACGUGCAGUACGGCAAGCAAGUUGUACGUGCCUACGUAAUCGAGGACUCUUCGUCGCACGACAACGGACGAGUCAAGAUUGAAUUCAGGGACGGCGAUCAUGCAGUAGGCGAUAAUGUUGUUGGCACUGACGGCGCAAAAUCGCUCCUCAGAGAGUCAAUCGUUGGCUUCGAGGAUGCCCAGCUGACGACUAUUCCUGUGAAUCUGUUCAAUUUCUCGUACAGGUUCGAUCCCGAGCUUUCUCUACGGAUACGAGAGCACAACAAGAUCUUCAUAAACAGUAUACACCCUGAUCAUGGGACCAUGUACUGGUUGUCGAUCAUGGACGUCCCCGACCCUGACAAGCCGGAAACUUGGAGCUUUCAGGUCAUGCAGAGCUGGAAUGACAAUACCACGCCCCCUUCUGUGGACCUGGCCACCAAUGAGGGCCGCUUGAAGUUCUUCAAGGCACGCUGUGAAGAGUAUGCCGAGCCCUGGCGCUCAGUUGGCCGCGCUGUCAAGGAUGGCACUACUAUCCCAAUGGACCGUCUGACCUAUUGGGAGAAGUCGAAGAAAUGGGAUAACAGAGGCGGAAGAAUGACGCUCUGUGGAGAUGCAGCCCAUCCCAUGACACCUCAUCGCGGCCAAGGCUUGAACAACGCACUGCAAGACGCAUCCAAUUUCGUUAGCAUCAUGGUGUCUGUUUCCAAGGGCUCGGCAACCCUUGCCGAGGUAGUCCAAGCAUACGACGAUGAAGUCCUGGAGAGAGGUCAAACAGAGAUGGACAUCUCGCUGAAACAGUCCUACUUCGUUCACGACUGGGACAAACUCAUGCAGAGUCCAAUGGUGAAGAUCGGUAUGCACCAAGUCAAGAAGGGUGAAGUAGAGGAGAGCGCAUGAAGUGUGCCUCGAUGGUGAUUAUGAGACUUUCGCGAACGUGGUGCUUACGUCUGAUUCCC